AUGGGGUUGGCAGAGCCGAGGAAACGUAUCAAAAUCUCUCACGAUCCACGGAAUUUAUCAUGGUCGCAAUCCUCCACUUCCUUCGGACAGCGUCUGAUGGCCAAGCAUGGCUGGAAGGAAGGCCAGUCUCUCGGCAACCGCGAAAGCACCCACGUGGGCCUCAGCGAUGCUGACAGGCUGACCGCCGCCCGUGUCGGUGUGCUCUUCAAAGACGAUAACUUGGGCCUCGGUGCCAAGAGGAAGAGCAGGGACGUCGAAGCGCAACGGACCGGUCUGGAUGCUUUCCAGGGCCUGCUAGGCAGGCUGAAUGGGAAGAGCGACACGGAGCUGAAAGAGCAGGAGAAAAGGGUCGAGGACCGCAAGUUGGCCAUGUACGUCCGUGGCCGCUGGGGCGGUAUGGUCUUUGUCAAGGGAGGUGUUCUCGUUGGUGAUCGCCAGGAGGAGAAGACGGCCAACAAAGUCGGCGAAGAGACGAGAAAUUCAGAUGGCGAGAAAAGCGAUCCCCGAAAGGAAGGUGCUGGCAGCGUAGAGUCGGAGGAUGACGCGAAGCAGAGACGAAAAGAAGAGAAGAGGCGGCACAAAGAAGAAAAAAGGAGACGGCGGGAGGAGAAGGCACUGAAAAAGGCGGCGAAAAGGGCGAAGGGCGCACCGCAACCCGGCGAUGAUGGGGCGGAGAUGUCGAGGCAAGGUCUUCCAGGCCACUCUCACAAAGUCCCCCUCACUCAAGCACCCGAUGAACCUGUUUCCUCAGGUGCCAGUGCGAGCGAGAGCGAGACCACGAGCACCUCAAGACAAAAGCGCAAGCGCAGGAGUUCGGCGAGUACAAGUCACGACAAAAGUCACUCAGAGACUCAUCGACGAAUGUCAAAGUCAACCGAUACGGAGGGUGUGCAGCGAGAGCGACCAGAUCCAAGUGUGAAGCCCACGCCUGCGCGGCCGAGCCUGAACCUGGCAAAUGGACGCCAUCUGCUCAGAGGCCGGAACAUACAGGCAAAGAAGAUGGUGUUCUCAGACCUUAAGGGUUUGGAUGAGAUCUUCAUGCGACCUGCAUGA